AUGCAGGGGGUAGGAGGCCCCCUGCCCUGGCUAGCACCAGGGAAUGGGAGCGGUGCAGAGUCCCCCCGAGACACCAGCCCGGCCUCCUCACUACCCCUCCCCACUGCUUGGGAUGUGGUGCUGUGCAUCUCUGGGACCCUGGUGUUCUGUGAGAAUGCGGUGGUCGUGGCCAUAAUCGUGGGGACACCGGCCUUCCGGGCCCCCAUGUUCCUGCUUAUUGGUAGCCUGGCCUCUGCAGACCUGCUAGCUGGCCUGGGCCUCAUUCUGCACUUUGCCUCCAGAUAUUGCAUUGGUUCCUCCAUCCUGAGCCUGGUCCUGGUGGGAGUCCUGGUCACCGCCUUCACUGCCAGCAUCUACAGCCUGUUGGCCAUCACCGUGGAUCGCUACCUGUCCCUCUACAAUGCACUCACUUACUACUCUGAGACCACGGUGACGAGGACAUAUGCCAUGCUGGUGCUGGUGUGGGGGGGCGCCCUGGGACUGGGCCUCCUUCCUGUACUGGCCUGGAACUGUUUGGACGAGCCAGCCUCCUGUGGGGUCGUGAGUCCGCUGACUAAGAACCACCUUGUGGUCCUGGCCGUGGUCUUCUUCAUGGUGUUUGGUGUGAUGUUACAGCUGUAUGCCCAGAUCUGCCGGAUCGUCUGCCGCCAUGCCCAGCAGAUUGCUCUCCAGCGGCACCUGCUGCCCGCCUCCCACUACGUGGCUACCCGCAAAGGCAUUGCCACCCUGGCUGUGGUCCUGGGGGCCUUUGCUGCCUGCUGGCUUCCAUUUGCUGUCUACUGCCUGUUGGGUGACUCCCACUCACCCCUGCUCUACACCUAUCUCACCUUGCUCCCAGCCACCUCCAACUCCCUCAUCAACCCUGUCAUCUAUGCCUUCCGAAAUCACGACAUCCAGAAAGUCUUGUGGGCUGUCUGCUGCUGCUGCUCCUCCUCCAAGUCCCCCUUCCGCUCCCGCUCCCCUAGUGACGUCUAG